CGAAGUGGGAUGCUAUGGCCACCUCCUCCGAGAGCGAAGAGGACAGCUUCAUGGCCGUGGACCCAGAGGAAGCCGUGGGCAGGGAAGGCAGCAUGGAGCAGGAGGUCGGGAGCCGGCAGGACAGGUCCAUGCUGGAACUGCCGGAAGAGGUGCUGGAAUAUAUCUUGUCCUUCCUCUCACCCUAUCAGGAGCACAAAACCGCUGCACUCGUCUGCAAGCAGUGGUAUCGGCUGAUCAAAGGGGUGGCCCACCAGUGUUUCCACGGCUUCAUCAAGGCAAUCCAAGAAGGCAAUAUUCAGUGGGAGAGCCGCACAUAUCCCUACCCUGGCACCCCCAUCACCCAGCGCUUUUCACACAGUGCGUGCUACUAUGACGCCAAUCAGUCCAUGUAUGUGUUUGGGGGCUGCACACAGAGCAGCUGCAACGCAGCCUUCAAUGACCUGUGGAGGCUGGACCUGAACAGCAAGGAAUGGAUCCGCCCGCUGGCAUCAGGCUCCUACCCGUCGCCCAAGGCUGGGGCCACCCUGGUGGUGUACAAGGACUUGCUGGUGCUCUUUGGGGGCUGGACACGGCCCAGCCCUUAUCCCCUGCACCAGCCAGAACGGUUCUUUGAUGAAAUCCACACCUACUCGCCCUCCAAGAACUGGUGGAACUGUGUUGUGACAACCCAUGGCCCCCCUCCUAUGGCUGGGCACUCCUCCUGUGUAAUAAAGGACAAAAUGAUUGUCUUUGGAGGUUCUCUUGGGUCUCGGCAAAUGAGCAAUGAGGUCUGGGUGCUGGAUCUGGAGCAGUGGGCCUGGGCCAAGCCAGACGUCUCUGGCCCCAGCCCUCACCCCCGCGGAGGCCAGUCCCAGAUUGUCAUAGAUGAUGAAACCAUUCUGGUCCUGGGGGGCUGCGGGGGUCCCAAUGCGCUGUUCAAAGAUGCCUGGCUGCUGCACAUGAGCUCCGAGCCGUGGACGUGGCAGCCGCUGAGAGUGGAGAAUGAAGACCAAGGGGCCCCGGAGCUCUGGUGCCAUCCGGCUUGCCGGGUGGGCCAGUGUGUGGUGGUCUUCAGCCAGGCCCCCAGCGGGAGAGCCCCUCUGAGUCCCAGCUUGAACUCCCGCCCCUCUCCCAUCAGCGCCACCCCACCCGCUCUGGCUCCUGAGACCCGGGAAUAUCGUCGUUCCCAGUCUCCCGUCCGGACCACAGAUGAGGCACCCUGCGUGAACGGCCGCUGGGGAACCCUGAGGCCUCGGGUCCAUCGGCAGACCCCUUCGGGUUCCCGGGAAGGGAGCCUCUCGCCUGCCCAAGAGGACAGUUCCCCUGUGUUGCUGAAUGGCAGCGAGGGCUUAUCUCCUGGAGCCUCUUUGGAGAGCCCAGUCCAAGUGGCAUCUCCCACCACACCUGCCGCUGCCGCCACCGAAGGGUAUGACCUCAAGGCUGGCAUUUCCUCGGCACCGAGACGGGGCUCCCUGCCUGAUCAGAAAGACCUGAGGUUGGCAGCUGUAGACCUGAACUGGGAACCGAAAGCACCUUCCCUUCUUUCUCAGCUGGAGGGCGCGGAGAGCAGGACGGUUGGCGGCGCCAGGAACCCACCGGAACAGACCAAUGGUGUUCACACCCCGCCUCAUGCGGCCAGCUUCUCCUUGGCAGGCGCGGUCUCCCCAGGUGCACUGCGGCGAAGCCUGGAGGCAGUCAAAGCCCUUUCUUCAAAGCCGCCACCACCUGCUCUGGCAGUGCUGAGCCCCCCCUCCUCUUCCCUGGCCUCACCAGGGUCGCCCGUGGAGGCAGCGGCCCCCCCUCGCCCCAGCUCUUCUGCCCAAGGGGACGGGCAUGCCUUGCCCCCCAUCGCUCGCCGCCUGGGCCACCACCCGCCGCAGUCGCUGAACGUCGGCAAGCCCUUGUACCAGAGCUUGAACUGCAAGCCCAUGCAGAUGUAUGUGCUGGACGUCAAGGAGACCAAGGGGAAGGGGCGCGUCCAGUGGAAGGUCUUCCACAGCAGCUCGGUGGUGGGGCCGCCAGAGACCAGCCUGCACACAGUGGUGCAAGGCCGGGGGGAGCUGAUCAUUUUUGGCGGCCUCAUGGACAAGAAGCAGAACGUCAAGUACUAUCCCAAAACCAAUGCCUUGUACUUCGUGCGAGCAAAGAGAUAAUGCAGCCAGGAGUGGUCUCUUCUUCCCCCCACCGCCCCCACCGCUUCUGCUGACACAGUGACACCCCCCACCCCACCCCCCGUUAGCACUCUGUCAAGCAGGAUGUGAAUUUGGGGCUGCUCCCAUCAAUAAAAGAUUCUAAGCAAAUG